UCUUCUUUCUACCAUGGCUUAUUAACCUGUCGGCAACUGUAUUUAACUGUCAAUCUUGUUGUCAGGGUGCUUCUGUUUCUCCCAAAACUGGACCAUCUCUGGACCAUCCUGAGACCGAUUUCUGUCUCUGUCGUUUUUCUCCUCUUUUUGCUUUCUGUAAUAUAGUCACCAACAUGCCGCCGCACUGGAUGGUGCACCUUGUUCUGCUGCCGUUUCUGCUCAGUGGUGUAAAUGGCGCAUGUUCGUCGGACGACAACCCCAUAUUCUUGGAUCCUUCGGAGGUCAUAGCGGAAUAUGAAGAUGAGGUGACGCUAACCUGCAACAACACAGACGACAUACAGGACGCGAUAUUCUGGCAGUACGGAACGACGACAUCCGGUUUUUUAGAGGACACGCCCUUCAUUUCCUGGACGCUGAAAUUGACAGACUGGAACGUCACAAAAGCAGAAUGUAUGACACGUCUGGAUAACGCUUUGGAAUGCAGCAAAGAGUUGAAAAUAACUCUAUUUAAGAAUCCAGACAUGGUUGUUCUUUACUCCCCAAUGAAUGACAGCAACAUAGCGGGAACUAACUACGCACUGCAGUGUGACAUCGUGAACGUGGCUCCUGUCCAAAAUCUCAUCGUGAACUGGUACAGAGAUAACCACCUGGUGAAGACGGAUUUCUUCAACGAGACAAAAAGCAAACUGCCGGUGAACGAGUCGUCUUCGUAUGAGUUCAUCACCAACAAAGAGGAUGAUGGUGCUGAAAUCAGAUGUGAAGCCUUUUUGGACUUUGGGCCAGAGGGACCAACGACACCUCACUUUUGGCAAACACACAUCAUUUCCGUGCAAUAUGAGCCAGAGAUGGACUGUCCAGCCCGUUGCACUGGUAAAGAGCAAACCAUCACCCUGGACAUGUUGCCCUGUAGAGCCAAAGGGAACCCUCCCCCAGAUGUUUAUUGGUACUUCCAGGGGAAACCUGUGAACGCUUCUAUACCUCUGACCAGAUAUCAGUCAGGAAGAUACAGAGCAGACGCUGUCAACGCAAUCUCCGCAAGCACAACCACGGUUGAUAUCACGAUUGAAUAUCCUCCUUCAAUUUCUUGUGCCGAUCACUACGAAGCUAUACCGAAUGACAGUCGGAUCGUCCAAUCUCUGUGCGAACCAGAGGGAAAUCCCACCCCCACCCCCAGCUGGUUCAGAAAUGGAGAGAAGAUCAUUCAACCACAGCACGUGACUAAAGCGGCUGCUGGAGUCUAUGUUCUGAAGGCAGUGAACAGGCAUGGAACAGCCAACCACACGCUGCACCUGGAUGUUCUGUUUCCCCCAGAGUUUGAAGUACAAGACAUUUUCAAGGAGGUGACCUUAGGUGAGAACGUGACUCUGGACUGCCAUGCUGAAGGGAACCCAGCCCCUACCGUCGUGUGGAAUUACACAUCUGCUGUGAAUGUGAGGCAGGCCACUGGAGGGCGCCAAAGAAGCGUCACUAUCACAGGAGCCACGUCUAACAACCUUGGCGCUUACGUCUGCAUUGCCACGAAUAAAGUUGGGACGACGUCAACGUCCGUGACGCUGCUAACGACAGGGAGAAACACUGGACGCCGAAUACCCUUCACGUUUUGGCUCCUUUCCCUUUUCAUCGUCAUCAUCAUCACCUUCGUCGUGUUCAUAGUACUCGUAACACUUUGCAGACAUCGGAAAAAACAAGGAGAAUACAGCUUUAUUCCUGACCAAACUAAACACGAUAUUCCUCUGGCUUCUAGGCAGAAUUAGUUUAGUGAUUUAUUUUUGCUGUGUUACGCAAUGUGUACAUAUUAAAAUUUCAGGCAUUAAAUUAGCGUCUUGGCUAGGUGGAAGCUAUUAUUGCUAUGUUUCCUAUCUGGCUGCUAACUUAUUCUUACUCUUACCUGUUGUUAUUUUUCAUUAUGGGAACUUUCAUUUACUUUUUACAUUGUUUUUGUGUGUGUGUGUGUUGCUGUAGCCGAGGGAAGUUCUUCAUUGUUUAUGAAAAUGUUGUAUAUUGAUAUAGACACAAUUAAAUAAAUACAUAGAUUGAUA